AUGUUUAAGAAACUGUUUUGGAGAGCUGCUGGAUCUACAGUUCCACAAAAAUUUGAAUACCAUAUGAAUGAAAUCAAGAAGCUGGAGCCACUAGCUUAUGAACAUUUGAUGGAAAGGGACCCUAAAACAUGGUGUAAAGCAUUUUUUCAGGAAGAAACCACUUAUUACCAUGUUAGAAGAAAUCCGGAUUUAUGUAAUGGAAAAGUUGUGUAUAUACAAGGCGAAGGGUCAAUCUUGGGAUUUAAGCAUAUGUCCUUCUAUAAGGUUUUGGCAAGUGGUACCUUCUGGUUAGCAGGGUAUCCCUGUGUGCAUGGAUAUGCUGCCGUUUCAAGCCUCAAUAGGGACUCUGAGGAGUAUGUGUCAGAAUGGUUUACUACAUCAAUCUAUGCAAGUUGUUAUAGGUAUAACAUUAGGCCACUAAACUGUAGUGCUAUGUGGCCUGAAGUGGAUUACACCAAACCAUUUCCUCCUAAAAAAAAGACUACCUGGAAGACCAACAAUGAAAAGGAAAAGGGAUCAGGUAAAGUAGACCUUGAAGCUGAAUUGGAAGUGGAACAUGUUGUCAUGUUUGAAAGUGAAAGUGAUAGUGACUUUAAAAGUGAAAGUGAUGUGGAAGCUAAUGUUCCUGAAGUUGAUGUUCCUGAACCUGAUGUGGAAGCUGAAGUUGAUGUUCCUGAAGUUUAUGUGGUACCUGAAGUUGAAGUUGAUGUUCCUUUAGUCCAAGAUAACCUUGUAGGGGAGAUUCAAGAUGACAUUCAAGUUGAUGCUAACAUAGAAGAUGAGAUUCAAGCUAACAUUGAAGUGGAACAUGAAAUUGAAGUUCAAGAUAAUGUGGAACAUGAAAUUCAACACAAUGCAGAAAAUCCAGAUAGGAAGAGGACAAGAAAAACUUCAGAAAGACUCACAAAGAUUCAGUUAAGGAAGAACAUAAGGAGGAAGGAAGGAAGCAGUACUGACCACCCACUGGAGAUUUGA